UACAUAUUGCGGUUCGGGUCAAGGAAUCCGUUAUAAAAUGCGGUUCGGGGGUCAUGGAAUUCGCUAUAAAUUCCGAGUACGGCUUUUUGCCGCCAUUUCAAGCAAAAAUUCAAAAUACAAUUAGGCAGCAGUACCAGAUGAACAGAUGAUCGAGAGAGAAGCUUCAAUUCGAGAAUACUCGUUCUAGGUUUUCAACACUUUAGGAGGAGGCUUACUUUUCACCGUCAAAUAUCCGGCGUAAAUUUCGACUUCGUGGAGGUUAUCUUGAACUUUUAUCCUUUCGUUUUUAGUUUUGGAUCAAAAGUUUUGUGGACAAUCCAGUUAUUGAGCUCGGCUGAAGGUGAAAAUUUGUUGUUCAAGGACUUGAUAUUCUGAUUACCUGUUUGGCGAUUUGAAAAAUAUAAGAUUGAAAGUUGAGUAUUCAUCAACAUGAUAAACUCUGAGUUUUCAAUACAUAAACUGGCAAGCAAAUUUCACAUGAUACUUAACUCGUUUUGAUACUCGUUUUUCUACUCCAGUUAUCAAAACGAGUUUUAUGUGCUUCCGUUUAAUAUACUUUGGCUAUCCAAGUAUGCACACUGAUAUUUCAAAAGUUUAUAGGCAGCUAGAGGUUUCGGCUAUGGAUAUUCUAGCUACCAUUAGGCUGUUUUUCUUUCCAUCAAUCCUGUUUGAAAUUGGAUUAACCAGCUACAAUUGGCUGUUUAGUGAAUUUUCUCUCUGGUGUCAUUUGAGAAGCAACGUUUGUUCGGCAAUGUUGUUCACUUUAUUGUAGCGAUAUUAGUCAUUUCUUACUGACUAGUUUUUGUGUGUCCACGGCUUUAGAGUGAAUGGGAUCAGAAAUUUUGUGCUCAGAAUUUUGAAUGAUUCCAGAACUUUGUAUAAUGUGCAAUGAAAUUGACUAUCGUUUCUGAAGUGUGAGAUGAGAUGCAAUGCUUGCUGGCGAGAACUGGAAGGACAGGCCGUCACCACCACUUGUGGCCACCUCUUCUGCCGGGAUGAUGCAAGUAAGAUUCUCAGCAAUGAUGCUGCUUGUCCUAUCUGUGAUCAAGUUCUGUCUAAAAGUCUCAUGAAACCUGUGGACGUCAAUCCAAGUGAUGAAUGGACAAAUAUGGUCAUGGCUGGAAUAUCGCCACAGAUAUUGAUGAAGAGUGCCUACAGAAGUGUGACUUUCUACAUAGGGCAAAAGGAAUUGGAAAUGCAAGUCAAGAUGAACAGGGUAGCAGCUCAAUAUCGUCAGAAAUGUGAAAUGAUGCAAGCAAAAUUCUCUGAAAAGUUGGAACAAGUGCAUACUGCAUACCAGAAGAUGGCUAAAAGGUGCCAAAUGAGGGAACAAGAAGUUGAGAGCUUAUCUAAAGACAAGCAGGAACUCCAAGAAAAAUUUGCUGAGAAAUCCAGGCAAAAACGAAAACUUGAUGAAAUGUAUGAUCAGUUGAGAGAUGAAUAUGAAUCAGUAAAGCGGUCAUCCAUUCAGCCAAAACAUUUCUUUUCGAGAACAGAACCUUAUUUGUUUGCAAAUAAUGCUGAUAUGAUGGACAACAGAGAUCACAUGAGGAAAGAUUGGUCGGUUCUCACUCCUGAAACUCCAGGGCCAAGAGAAGACAUUUGGCCUCCAGCACGACAGAAUGUUUCCAACUCUGGCCCUUUUGAUGUCUCGAGUGGCUCCCCUGCAAGACAAUCAGCAGUAUCAGUGGAUGCUGGAAACAGAAGGGCAGGUGCACGUCCUAUACUUGGUGUUGGAACUGGAGCAAGCAACCCCGCAACGACCCUUAGGAAUCUCAUAUUUUCACCAAUUAAGAGGCCUCAACUCUCCCGCAAUCGACCGCAGAUGUUCUCGUUGUAAGUCGGGAGAUUGUUCACAUUUCAAUAGUGUGGAGAAAUAUAUAUACUUGAGAUGUAACGACGAUGGAUCAGGUUUACUGACAUUUUCAGUGUAAAUGUUUUAUGCAUUAAAGUUCCAGUUAUUGAUAUGCUACCCGACUUUGCUUUAGUGGUGGUCAAAGUAAAAUGUUGUAUAGUUUACAGACAAAUGGAUGAUGUGAUAUGAGUUAGUAUAAGGGGUGAUUUGGUAGGAGGUAUUAGAAAAAAUAAUGCAAGCAUUAGCUAUAUGCAUUACUAA